ACACCAAAAAGUGAGAUCAACACGACUCACUAUUAUUACGAUACGAGGAUAUUAAGACAUGAAGAUUGAAGAAAUAUUCAGUGUCCAACAUAAAGAUACAGAGGAACAAACAAAGAUGGAGUUUAUUAAAGAGGAGAGAGAAGAAAUGAAGAUUGAAGACACAUUCAGAGUCAAACAUGAAGAGACUGAGACACACACUGUUAUAAAGAUGGAGUUUAUUAAAGAGGAGAGAGAAGACGUGAAGAUUGAAGACACAUUCAGAGUCAAACAUGAAGAUACGGAUGAACAAACAGACCUGAUGGUGCUGAAAGAGGAGAGUCAAGAACUGAUUGAAAUGGAAGAGAGAGAUCAAUAUAAGAAUCAACAUAAUUUUAUAACUGGAGAAACAUCUUUGAGUUGCUCACAGACUGAAAUAAGUUCCACAAGAAAAAUGGAUCAAAAGACCAGAAGUAGUAGUUAUAUCACCUGCCAACAGUGUGGAAAGUGUUUAAGUAAAAAAAAAGGUAUUAAAAGACACAUGAGAAUUCACACAGGAGAGAAGCCCUAUGCCUGCCAUCAUUGUGGAAAGUGUUUCAGUCAAAAAGUAACUCUUAAAAGCCACAUUAGAAUUCACACUGGAGAGAGGCCUUUCAUAUGCCCUCAGUGUGGAAAGAGUUUCACUCAUUCUGGAAACCUUGGAGACCACAUGAGUGUUCACACUGGAGAGAAGCCUUAUUCCUGCCAACAGUGUGGAAAAAGUUUCAACCGGAAAAGUAGUCUUAAUUGUCAUAUGACAGUUCACAGUAGAGAGAGUCUUUUCACCUGCCAACAGUGUGGAAUAAGUUUCACUCAAAAAGGAAGCCUUAACCAACACAUGAGAAUUCACAAUGGAGAGCAGCCUUACACGUGCCAACAGUGUGGAAAUAGUUUUGAUCAACAUGAAAAUCUUAAAGUCCAUAUGAGAACUCAUAGAGAGAAACCCUACAUAUGCCCUCUGUGUGGAAAGAGUCUCAGUCAAAAACAACACUUUGAAAACCACAUGAGAAUUCACUCUGGAGAUAAACCCUACACAUGCACUCAGUGCGGAAAGAGUUUCAAUUACAAACGACACUUUGAAGACCACUUAAGAACUCACACUGGAGAGAAGCCUUUCAUCUGCCAACAAUGUGGAAAAAGUUUCAAUAUGAAGGGAAGCCUUAACAGGCACAUGAGAGUUCACACUGGAGAGAAGCCGUUUACAUGUGGUCACUGCGGAAAGAGUUUCAAAAAUAAAGCAGCACUUAAGUACCACAUGAGUUUUCACAAAGCAGAGAGCAGUUUUAUAUAAUCUGUCGAAUUGUGGAAAUUUUCACAGACAGGAAACAUUGUUAAGAAUCAUGUUAUAACACCAAAGAGAAGGCUGAUCGGAUCAUAAAUAAACAGACUUCGUAUGACCAUCUCUUUUUCCACUUUCGA